UCCGACCGGUCGGUUGGUGCAGUUUUCCGAACGAAUCAGGCUCCCGUUGCAUUACUCUGUGGGGGACAUCUGCGGUUGAAAUAAAUUAGAGAAGAUUAGACCUGGCCGUCGUGUUUGCUUUCUGCAAGCAGCACAUGUUUGUGUUUGUUGUUGGUGUUGUUGUUGUUGGAUGUGGGUGAUAGCGACAAUAACAAGUCUGAAGGUCAACACUGAUAAAAACUUCAACCGAAAGCGGAGAACUGAAAUGGGCUGGCUUAUAAUUUCAAUUAUAGUUCUCGUGCCAACUCUGCUCGACCAGCGUACAAGUGCAGCCCCAGUCCUGGUGCUGGUUGCAAACGGAAAUGAAAUCACAAUCAAUCUGCCCGAGGGUAUCAACAGCUUCAACAACAACAACCGGCUGGUGAACGUGGUGAGCAAUUCCGGAAACAAUAACCCGUCGGUAUUUGAUUGGAUUGGAGGUAAUGGAGCGAACAAAGCACCGCGGCUUACGAUUGGCGGGGCGAACCAGGGCAACAACGGAAUGGGUGCGAAACGAGACACGGCGGCACUGAUUGAUGCGCUACAGAAAAACGGAAGUGGUAGCUCAAGUAGCUCCAGCCUUGCUGGUGACAGCUCGUAUGAUGGACAUGGCGAAAGUAGAGAGAGUGCGGAAACGGUGGACCGAGUGGACAAAGUUGAUGUAGCCACAACAACCGAGGCUUUCAGGAUGUUUGAGAGGAGUAGAUUGAACACUACAAAAGCAACUACGGUAACGUCACAGAACUAUGAGUGAAUGCGAUUGCUGUGGGUAAUGCACUCCGAAGUAUUUUUUUUUAUUUCUUUUUGCUCGUUCAGUUUUGUAUAAAUAAAGUGUGGUGCAAUAAAGUGUAUCAUAUAAGCGCGAUCCUAUAUAUUGGA